AUGGAGUCUUCCAUUGCAGUCAGAUUGCAGUACGAACAGAUGAUGAAGUUUGAAGAUCAGGCUGGGCAAAUCUGUUCUGGGACGCGCCUCUUGCAAGUGGAACGGGAGAAAAUGCAAAUGGAACUGAGUCACAAAAGGGCUCAAAUUGAGCUUGAGAAGGAGGCUAAUGCAAAUGCAAGAAAUUUUGAGCGGGAGGCUGACCAUAACAAAGAGCUCCUCAAGCGCGUCAAGCAGUGUCAGGAAAGAGAAACUGAGGCAGAAGAAAAGCUUAAAGAACAAAUUGAGAUUAACAGAUCCUGUCAGAAGAACACAGAGUCUCUGAAUAAGAAGUUGCAGGAGAAGGAGAAUAAACUGGCUGAAGCUAAUGAAACAAUUGGUGUGUUGAAGGGAAAGAUAUCUGAAUUGCAGUGGAACUUAAUGAAUCAGGAAAUGCAAAUGAAGAGCCAUGAAUCGCAGAAGCAGGAGCUGACUGAACAUUUGGAUACACUACACAAAAAAUGGAGAGAGGCCAGUCAGCAAAUUCAGGUGCUACAAACAAAGGAAGCCCUGAUGGCUGCGAAGGAGCAGAAGGUUCAGGAUCUAGAGCAAAAGCUUUCUCUUCAAGAACAAGAUGCUAUAAUUGUGAAGAACAUGAAGACAGAGUUGGCGCUAUUUCCCAAAAUGGAACGGGAGCUGCAGCAGCUCAGGGAGGAGAAUGCCUACCUUAGGGAAAUGAAAGAAAACAACGGAUUGCUCAAAGAGGAGGUGGAGGGUCUCCAGAGGAAACUAGAGCGCUGUGAGAAGCUCCAGGCAGAACUGGUGGCUUUGGAAUUGGAGAAGGAGAGACUUCAGGAGAAGCUGACUACUUGGGAAAAACUGGACCAGAGGAUGGGCCUAGAUAUCAGGAGCCCUGAUGAUCUCUCCAGGCACAUCAUUGCCCUGCAGCAACGGGAGCUUGUUCUGAAAGAACAGAAUUCCGCCAUAUCAAGCAGCAUUCAGGAAUGGAUACAUUUGUGA